AUGACUUCAUUUGAGAUGCAAGAAUAAUACCCAAUAUAGGAUUCUCUUUCAAUGUCCAUCGAGUAAAGAUCAAGAAGUCGUACUCUAAAUAAAACUGCGAAAUGGAAACUUGAAUAAUUUCAUGAAAAAAAUGUGAUGCAAGAAGAAUAAGACAAAAUACAACGAGUCUUUAAAAUAUACAAUGAUAAUCUUAUUGAUGAACAUAACCAAAAUGAUAACCAUUUUUUUGAAGAAUAUUUAUCAUGGCUCCCAGUAAUUCAUCCAAAACGAGUUUGGCCUUGGAAGAUAUUUGUAGCUAUUACUACUCUCUUUGUCUUUUUUGAAUUACCUAUCUAUGUUAUGUAUGGCUCAGAAUUUUGGAAAGUAUCCAUUUCUAAAUUAUCUUAGAAAAUUAUAGGAAGAUAUGCAUUAUUUUAUGGAAUUUUUAUCAUACUUUUAACAGCUUCAUACUAUAAGCUAUUAUUAUUAUUCCAAAUAAUAUUAUUUUAGGUUUCCAAAGAACUAGUACAGUAAAUGCUAGAGAAUAUUCUUAAGUUUAUGCAAUUACUAGAGCUGAUUUUUUGGAAACAUUAAAAAAAAUUCCCUGAAGAUUUUGAAAUUGAUUGUUAAAUAGAGAUAAAUUAUUAUUCACUAAAGAAUACAAUUUAGUAGAAUAGCAAUGUUAUACAUGUAAUUCAACUGAUCAUUAUGCUGAUAUAUGAUAUAUGUCCAAAAACACAUUCCUUACCAUUAGUUUAAGAAUUGAUUGAAGAAUCAACUGUUUUGGAUUUGAAAUAGGAUAGGAUUAAAAUUUAGAGAUUUGAUAGAAAGUAAUGGGCUAAGAGAGCAAAUGCAAAACUCUAAUUAAAGGUUUAAACAAUAAUAAAUUGA